UUAUCAUCAUUAUUAUUUUAUUCACUUUAUAUUAAAUACAAUAAAACAACAUGCAAGGAAAUAUUGAACACUAUCUCGCUUAUGGUUCUGUUAAGAGUGCCUGGGUUACUCUUUUCAUCACUGCUAUUAUUUUGGGUGUCCUUUACGUGAUUAGACCUCUUGUUAGUGAUGACUCUGAUGUUAGUGACAUCGAAGCUGCUGAUAAGAGAUCUGGUGGUGGUUUCUUGUCACGUAUUAAUACUUCCUAUAAUGCUAUGAAAGAUAACGCCUUCUAUCAUUUGAUUGCUCUUUGUUUGAAUAGUUUCGGUAUGGGUUCUACCAAGGCACUCAGUAUUCUUUCUUGGAUUUACUUUAUCAUUAAUGUUAUUUAUGGCCUUGGUCUUUUGUUCAUUGAUCACAAGAUAAUUCGUGGUAUUUGUAAUCUUAUCUUCUUUGUCUUGGUUUUGAUCAUGUAUAUUCUUGCUUUCAAAGAAGGUGGUUGGUAAAUAGUAAUACUAUUUACAUUAAAGAUUAUUACAACAAUAACAAAAAAAAAAAACAAAAACAAAACAAAACAACAAAACAAAAAAAAAAGAUACCUUACUCAAUUUUUUCUUUACACACACAUUUUCACUUUAAAAAAAUAUAUAUUAUAAUAUACAAUAAUCUGCAGUUUUAUUUUUUUUUUCUUGAUUUUAUUAAUACACUUAUUUACUUUAUUACGUUCUUUUGCUUCCCCAUCCCCUAAUAUAAUAAUAAAACAUAGCU